AUUUCGCUUAACAUGGCGAAGCUGAAGCAAUCAUUGUCACCUGUUGACCCUUCGAAUUUUCUAUGGGCCCUCGAACGUCAAAUGCACUCGGAUGGGAAAGUGGACUUCCAAUUUAAUACUCAGCAAGAUGUAGCAGAGAUUUUGUUUGUGGUUUUGGACGCCCUUAAGGGAUUUUCCCUGAUUGCUGCAGAUAAAAUCUCAACUGAAAUCUCAAUGUCCGUAAGCUGUAACACCUGCCUGUGCACCUCGGUAAAUGUCGAAAUGCAGGACAUUUUAACACUGCCAAUGACAUCUAAAAUCCAAUCUUGUGUCAGCAAAUUUUUAGAACCGGAAAUUCUAACUGAUGGAAACAAGUGGUUUUGUUCGCAAUGCUUUGCACAUAGAGAGAGUACUAGAGAAACGCAAAUCAGCAGGAGUAGUGAAAUCUUAUUCCUGCAUCUUAAAAGGUUUUUAAAACAUGGUGAACAUCUGCUAAAAGACAACAGAGUUGUUGAAUGUGUUUCUUUACGUGACUCUCUCCUGCAACUACCUCUCGUCAGUGAUACGGACACAAUGUUUAAUCAGAACUACUCAUUGUUAGCAACAAUUAAUCACUCCGGUACGUUAACCGCAGGUCAUUAUUGGGCUUAUGUUAAGGAUCCUGCCACAAAUUCUUGGUACCACUGCAACGAUAGAGCGGUUUGCAAAUGCUCUCCACCUAUUCGCAACAACAAUUCAUGUUACAUUCUUUGUUACGUUCGCUGUUGAUCCGCUUUUUCUUUCUUUCUUAUACAUUUAUCAUUACGUUUAUAAAACCUGUAUUUCCAGGGUCAUGGGGGAGGAAAAUGUAAAUCCGAGCGGUUUUAUAUUACCCCAGCUAGUUCAUUUGAACCAGUUUGCCGUCAAUACCCAGAGGGUAAAGAGUUCAGCUCACUCCUCUCUGGUAACUUAGAAGAAGCUUAGCAAGGGGGUUUGCUUUUAGCUUGUCUUUGGGUGUAACGACCCCACUUUUUACCCCAGUUCAGUAAGGUGCCCAAGUUUACUAACUUGGUCUUCAGGCUUGACAACCCUGCUGUCCUUAGUCAAAAUAUGUACAGGCUGGUCCUGUCAUGACAACCUCCUGUGUAAGGCUGAGUGUUGGGGCCCUGUAACACAUGUGGAAAGCUACAGCCAGAGUCACAAGUUCUGGCGCACAGGAGGGUUUUAUAUAAUUCUUUUUAUAUUAUAUAUUUUUGACAUAUACAUUUUUUCCAUUUGUGUUUGUUCUGUAACCAGUCCGUUUAUGUUGUUAGCUCUGUCUUGUGUCGUAUUGUUUGUGAUUGAAGGAUUGUUUUUUCUCUUUAAGAUUUUCUCAGUGAAUAGUUAUAGGUCCAAGUUGGACAGUACUCAUGCUUGUAAUAAGCAAGAAAGUGUAUUCAGCACCUAUUUCUGGGAGCCUAAUCCCAAUUUUAUUAACAUCCACCGUCCCUGUAGACAAGAUACUUCAGUGCAGCUUGCUGUAUUGUAAACCUUUUUCAUUAUUUCCACCGGCAGGAUGCAGUCAAGUGAACAUGGGUGAAAAAAUGUCAUCACCGUCUUCGUUUGUUGUUUGCAACCAACUUUGAAGUUCCUGCGCUGCAUUUUUGGAUGCUUGUGAGUCUGCAACGUUAUCAGAGAACCCAUCCAUGAUAGUUUUUACUUUUUGGGCAUGUUUAGAUGACGGUAUUAUCGCAUGUCCAUGUAUCUCACCUCGACUUUUAGCAAAUUCAUAUCGCAACCAAUAGUCAUCAUAUUGAAAUACUUCCUUGCUGACUGUGGCAAAGUAAUUUAUAGUCCUUGCAUCAAAAUACUGCGUGACGAUAUGAAGAUUUUGUAAAAUCAUUUCCCGUUUGAAUUUAUUGUCGCUCUCCAUUUGCUGCCGUACAUCAUCUUCGUUUAAAUUUUUUAUUAGCGCAUGAUACUUAAUAAGUAGUUCAUGCAAUGGUUUCCAAUGAAAUUCUGCACAACUGUUGGUAUCAAAAUAUGCUGGUAAAUCGCCAAAUUCAUUUCGUCUAAAAAACAACAUGGCAUCCAAUUUUUUUUUUGGUCUCUCCAGUACGGAUCGGUAUUUACCAGGUUUUUUCCAAUAGUAAUAAUUUUUCGUGAAACUGAAUCAUCAUCAUUUUGUAAAUUAUCUCUCAGUUCAGCGAUUGUGAGGUGAGCAUCAUUUAAUUGUUCCGAAACCAGAAAGCUACCCUGCUGCAAUGCUUGCAUUCGGAAACGCAUGUUCAAUAAGAAAAAUUUUAAGUACGGAUGACGUGCUACACGAUUAUCAGAA